AUGGUGCCUAAUUCUUGCGUUUCAACCAAUGCUCUUCUUCCGGCUUUCAUGUAUAAGAACACUACUAUGACUAAGUCUUUUGUAAAUAAUCUCGGAGAAGAAUGGUUGCAAACUCGCCGAGCUAAUCUUAAUUCCUCCACCUUGGGUCUGCUGUCUGAAGAGGAGCAAAAAGCAGAAGCUGUUGCGGCUAUGGAAGAGGAAGAAGAACAACCCUUCAUUGCCCUAGUAAAAAAACCAAGGCUUACUGAGGAUGUUCCUUUUAGCGACCUCUUUGGUACUUUUGUGCAAAUUCCCAUUGCUCCCGCACCUAUUUCGUUUGAGAGAGCUCCUUCUGCUUCUGCUUCUGAGAGGACUGUUAUCCCCUCUGUAUCUUCUCAACCUCUUGCACUGGCCUUGCCUCCUUUGGCUUCUGGGCCGCGAGCAAAACAAACACCUUGCCGGAGAUCUUCUCCCAGUGCAGGGCCCUCAGCGAUUCGUGUUUCAACAAUUGAGUCAGCACCCCUUGCAUUACCACCUCCCAUCCCAUCUAGUUCUUCUUCUGCUGCCCUUGUUUCUACCACUUCUUUCCCUCCUAUUGUGUCUUCUUCCUCCUCCCCUUCUUCUUCUUCAGUUCCCUCACCUUUAUUCAAACAAGCUCUGGGUCUACCUUCUCAAAUGGGGCAGACUUCUGAUCCCCUUAGUUAUGGUUCCCUCUAG